UCGUGGAACGCGCGUCGCGUUGUGCAUGCAUGCAUGCUUGCUUGCGUGCGGUCAGACGUGUGUGCAUGUGUGUGAUUAUUAUUGUGGUGUACUCGAAGUGGUCCCUGGUGUGCAUGUGUGCGGGCCAUAACACGGUGUGUUGCGCGGUCUCGACCAGUGCAUGUUCGUGAUUACUGUAGCCGUCGUCGUCUCGUCUGUCCAUCCGUCGUGAUCGCACCAAAUGCACGUCUCGCGAUACUCGAGAUCACGCAGUAACACCAGUCUCCUUCGUACCCGUGACUUUUGACGGCAGGACCGGGGUCCGUUGCACGAAGAGGAAAGGAGAAGCCGCGUCCUCCGUUCCGCGGUUGAUGACACACGGAACGAUCGUGCCGAAUACGCGACAAAGAAAGAGAACCGAGGAAUUGAAUUGGGCCUCGUUGCUCUCGCCGUUCCGUCGUUUCCUUCGAUCAACGAUUUGCGGGAACCCCGCCGGUUCGUGUCGCUCGUUUCCCUCCUUUUUUCUUCCCGCGUGCCCGCGACGAUCACCGGGAUCACCUUUGCCAAAAUGAAAAUGAUACAGAGGUAUCGACACGCGAUCCUGGCUCCUCUGUCGGUUCUUAUCCUGUUAUGCGGCUGUUCCGAUCUCGUCUCAUCCCGAUCGACGCGAUCCGUCGAACGUCCAGAGAACGAUACCGAUUGUGAACGCGUCAAGCCAUUCUUCGAGAGCAAGAACAUCAUGAUCGCCGCCACGAAGAACACACCCGACGAUAUCGCCAAAACAACCUGCAAUGGAUUGUGCUGUAACAAAAAGACUGAAGACCAGUUGAGACAUCAAGCCAGAACAGAUUUCCACGAUCUGAUCCACCAUCACAGCAGAAGCCUGCAAGGUCUCCUGGCGACAACCGCCGAUGCACUAAGGGAGACCGUGACGAUGCUGGCGAGGCAGUCGGAGAACAAAACGCUGAACCUGUUCGACCAAGUGUAUCGCACGAUGGCGGUUUUGAGCAAGCCGUCGAUAAGAGCGCUGUACCAGGCGAUGGUUGAUUACGUAUCACCCAGCAACACGCCCGACUCGUUGCAACAGCCACUGACGCGCGAGAUGCUCCAGGAACGUUUCAUAGAGUUCUUCACGAAUCUGUUCCCGAUCGCGUACCACAACGCGGUGAAUCCCCACCAGUACGAGCAGGACUUCACGGAGAAAUUCAAGACCUGCCUGUACGAGACGAUGGACGAAAUCCAGCCGUUCGGGGAGAUACCGAAGCAGGUCUCGAAGUCGGUCAGCAAGAGCCUGGAGGCGACGCGGGUACUCGUGCAGGCAUUGACUCUUGGCAAAACGGUUCUCGAUAGGACCGACAGCUUGCUGUUUUCCGGCACCAGUCCCCAGCAGGCAGCCUGCUACGGCGCUCUGCUCAGGAUGACCUAUUGUCCGAGGUGCAAGGGCAUCGGGCCCGCCGUCAGUCCCUGCAUCGGGUUCUGCACCAAUGUCAUGAGAGGUUGCCUGACGGAGCCAGCGUCCGAACUGGACCUAGCGUGGUCCGGCUACGUGGAAACGGUCGAGAGGCUCGUUGUGGCGGUCGACGGUCGUAACGAUCCGUUGUGCCUGAACGUCGAGAAGGCUGUCAGACAAUUGGACACCCGCAUUUCGGAUGCCAUUAUGCACGCGAUGGAGAACGGGCCGGCGCUAGGGGAGAAGGUGAGAAAAGUGUGCGGUCGUUCGGAGCUGCAGCCAUCGAACGGUGGAACCGUUACGGCUUCGGAUGCAGCUGCAAUGGAGAAAUCGACGUCGGGCAGCCUCGAGAUGCACGCAGCUGCGCCUCCUCUCACGCACAGAACAUUACCGACGCAGUUGCACGUGCAGCUGGGCUAUUUCUUGGCCAGUGUCGUCAGGUCCCGGUCCUUCUACGGCACCCUGGCCACCACGAUCUGCGAGGAAUACCCCGACAAACGAUGUUGGAACGGAGAACACGUCGGAGAGUACGCAAAGACGGUGGUGGAUUCGACCCUAACGGCGCAGAGGUACAAUCCUGAGUUCACUAUAACGACCAUGUCACCGACGCCAAGCACCUACGGCAAUACGAACACCAGCGCGCUCAUAGACCAAUUAAGGCACAUUAAUUCGAUUUUGCAAUCGCAAUUGGCGUCGGCACCAGACAGCGGAAUAUUGCUGGCCGACGAGGCUCUGGACGGUUCCGGGAGCGGCGACAGACCGAUGUGGAGGAAAAAAGUGAAAAGCGACGUCAUCGACAACGACGACGAAGACGCCCACGAUGACGACAACGACGAUGACGAGGCGUCUGGUUCAGGAAUGGGCCCCACCACACCAGAUCCGAUGACGAAGUUGAAUCGCGUCAAGGCGACCAUGGCUGGUUCAUCGAACGUUCUGUUAUCGUCCGUCGUCCUGGCGAUCGCCUGCGUACCCUUGAUCGUUUAAGUUGCAUCAGAGAUCGGGACGAAAGAGGGGAACCCAGUGAUACGACGACCCUAGACGUAGACAAAAAAAGAAACGACUAUCGUUGGAUCGUCGCGUCCGAUUCUGCCCGAGGCGCGAAAAAAAAAAACGAUCCUGAGAAUUUGCUUUAUUAGGUAUUUAUCGUGCUGCGCGGCUGUCGGCGAUCCCGUUCGUGGAUUCGAACGUGGACGAGGUUCCGGGGGAGGUCAAGAGACAAUUUUCCCAGAGGAUUUAGUGGGAAAUCACAAGAGUGGGGGAAGAAAGGGAUGCUUCGAGACCCGGGGGUUUUUAUCGGUUGUACAUUUCGUUAAGUCGUGAACGAGCACGGGUAAAUUUAAUAUUUAGGAAAGCAAAGACUGUUCUAGAGAAAAUUAAGACGAAAGUUCGGGUGCUCGUCGUGGAGGAAAACGUGAUAGAGUACGAAUGUUGAAAGUAAACGACCGUAGAAAAGAGAUUGUCCUAUUUUACCAAUCACGACGUGAGAGACGAUACUGCGACUCGAAGAGGAUGAACAAAUUAAGAAGAACGCUGGGAAAUUAGGGGGCUGAUUAGGUAAAUGAUCGAAUGAUCGUCGCUGGGAUGCUUCGAUACCGCGUGUUCUUUGUUAGAGACCGUUUAUUAUUAGUCGUGACGACUUGGGAGGGGGGGGACACGUUGCCAUAUUUAAUCGAAGUCAAGUACAUAUAUGCAACGGGGGAUCGUGUAAAACCGAGAGAUCGUAUUUAUUGAAAGUAAGAUACUCGAGCAAUAAUUAAUCAUCGUUUACACGCGACUGAAAAAGAAAAUAAAACAAAAUGGU